AUGGUACAUUCUUCAAAACCAGAAGAACAGGCACGCGGACAAAGUGUUCACACCUUAGAUGUUUAUAAGCACCGAAAUUUUGUCCUGAAACCUUUCACUCUGUAUUGCAGCCAUGUAUUGUUCUUUUAACGGGGCAGAGAUCUUUAAAGAUCACUUCGAAUCGGGUAUCUAUGUUUGUUCAAAGUGUGGAUAUGAGCUGUUCUCCAGCAAUACAAAGUAUCAGCACUCUUCUCCCUGGCCUGCCUUCACUAAUACUAUCCACAAGGAUAGUGUCUCCAAAAAGCAGGAGAGACCUGGUGCACUGAAGAUUUGCUGUGGGAAGUGUAAUCAUGGCCUGGGUCAUGAGUUUCUGAAUGACGGACCCAAGCGUGGACUCUCACGUUUCUGAAUAUUCAGCAGCUCACUCAAGUUUAUCCCUAAAGAGGCAGAUGGACAGUAGAGUGAGCUGAUGGAUGGAGAAGUGACAAUGAUAUUAAAGAGCGACUGUUCUGUGAAAAGUGUGGAGAUUUCAUGAAGUGUUGUGUUACAAAGCCCUCAGUGGAAGUCAGAACACUGAUGUUGAUUACCACACUGGUACACAAAGGACUAGUCUGUUCUGAGUUAAUAUCAGUGCAAACCAAAAAUGAAUCUAGAUGUAAUACUCUAUGACAUUUUGUAACUGAUUAGCUGUUUUGCUUCUGUAGGCACCUGUAAGAUUGCAAAUAGAUCCUUGCCUCAAAAAAUAGCACUAAGCAGAAAAUUAUUGAUUGUGGGUUAUGCUAUUGUUUGACAGUAUUGAACUAAGAAAUCUAUUUUAAGGACAAAGAAUAAAGUUUUUAGCAUAUAAAGAGAAA